GUGAUAUAAACACAGACGUUCCUAGAGUAGUCUCUCUGAUAGUUUCAUGGCAUCUGCGGACAUCGCUAUGCACGUGAGUGGCAGUUACCGGGGUGAUGAAGUAGACGGUAAGAUACAUGAAGUACGUAUAGAUGUAGACUCAUUACGGGACUACUCGCCUAAUCUUGGUGUCAUCAGUGGAGAACAGACCCAGAAUGGUCAUGUGGUGGCGCACUUUCAGUCAUCUUCCUUGAAAAAGGAAGAAGAAUAUACUUAUGUUGGUUUUUGUAUUGUAAUAAACGGAGAUGGAGAGAAAACGCCGAGCAAGUUGACUGUAAGGUUAACUAAACAGUGCAUGGAAAGCAGACGUUAAUCUGCCCCAGGCAGGCAUGGCAUUCCAAUGUAUCAAGUACAGUGACUUUUUUCGUCAUAUCAUGGUGGAUAUUGAUUACAGUCUAGACAAUUUAUUGUUGCCGAUAUUUGACACGACAAGCCAUCCAAAUCGAUCAGUAGAGCUACCAGAGAGGCAACUAUCAGUAUUCACACCACUAGAAGACGCCGGUAUCCAGGUUACAUUUAACAAGAAGAUGACUUCAAAGAUUGAAGAUCCCGAUCCUUCAACCCCUUGGACGUUAAGUGAGCUCUAUGAAGCUAUGUUGUCCCAUCAAGAUAAGGACCCAACCACAUGGAAUGUAUGGAUACUUUUAGCACCGAAAUACCGGGAUCCUCGCACAGCGGGUUUAAUGUUUGACCGAAAAAAUAGGAAAGGUUUUGCUUUAUUCAUGGAUCACAAGUGGUUCCGAGAUAUGAACCUGGCUGCAGGGAACGACAAGAUAAAGAAAAAGAAAAAAGCAGCUGCAAUUCGUAGAUUUGUACAUACAUUUGUCCACGAGAUGGGGCAUACGUUCAAUCUACAACAUGCCUGGGAAAAAGGAAAACCAGAUUCUGUAUCCUUCAUGAAUAGUGAUUAUAGAUAUGACACAAGAAAUGGCGUGGGUUCCUACUUCCGCGAAUUCAAAUUCAUGUUCGAUGAAGAUGAAAUUCGGUUCUUACGUCAUGGUCGUCCUGAAUGGGUACAGCCAGGUGUCUCGCCUUUUGGAAGAGAUUUACCUGCAAGUAGCCUUCCCGCUGACCCUGAUGACAGUGAUCAGGUAUCUAAACGAUUAACGCUUACACUCAAGCCCAGCAAAGAAUCAUACACUCAGAUGGAAGUAGUUCGAGUUGAGUUAAAGCUGCAGAAUCAGCAUAAAUACCCUGUGUAUGUUGAAAGUAGUUUAGACCUAAGCCAGGAAUGGGUUAGGGUGUUCAUAACGUGUCCAGAUGGUGGAGUUGUGCAAGCGGACACAUUUGCCAAUGGAGCCGUGGCUAACCAUAUCAAAGCAUUAUACCCUGCUGGCUCAGAAGAAGGAUCAGAUAGAGUCAGUGAAGUUAUACCAUUGGUUUAUGGAAAGGAUGGUUUUUACUUCAAAGAACCGGGAAAAUAUUAUAUCAAAGCAAUUUAUACAUUUGGCAGUUAUUAUGUGGUAUCGGUGUUGGCAAGAAUAAAUAUCAUACCAUUUGCAGGAGAGAAUGCCAUUGUGGACGCAUUUUUUACUGAGGAAAUUGGAGAGUACAUUGCCAUUGGCGGAUCUGGUUCAGUAAGAUACAGAAAGGCCAGAGAACUGAUCAACAGGCUUGCAACAUCUGAAGAGCACAAGGUUUGGGCAGGAGAAAUUGCAGUAAUUGCUAGCGAUAAUCUAUCUCACUCAACAAGAAAAUCAUUCACAAUAGACGGUACUGCAGUUAGUGUUAGCAGAGAAGAUGGAGAUGCUCUAGCUAAAGAUGUUAUUAAAUCAACACAAAUCAUUGCUGAUAAUUUCCAUAUUGAUGGAACUCAGGCAGACAACAUCAUGUACCGGAAAACAGUUUUUCUUCGCGCCCAGGCAUAUUUGAAGUCACACUAUAAGGUCAAAGCCCAAAGUGAAGUGAGGAGAUUGAUAGCUGAUUUAAAAUCACGUGGAGUUAAAGAUUCUAUUAUCCAGGAAAUGGAGAAUGAAUGGUUGAUAUUGCAAGGUGAUCAUGUUAAUCUUUCAUUAGAUUCAGAUCCCCAACGUAGGGCAUUAUGGAACAUAAUAACACCUACAGUAAAAGAGUUGCAACAAAGAGUGAAAGAUAUUCUCUUCUGGCAAGCAAAUGAUGACAGUCAGGAAGAAGAUGAAUGUGAAAAGCAGACGUUACAAUCGUUAUGUUAUCCAGUAUGCCUUUGA